AUGGCGCAGAGUCCGACAGUCGACACGACGACAAUGAAUAUGGAGGCAUCAGGGCGCAUAUACAAAUCUCUACCAGAGGGUUGUAUUCGUGUGGUGCGCAUACAGCCGGGAUUAGAGGCUGAUGAUAUUGUCUGCCGUCUUGAACAGCCGAAAUUGCUCAGCGACUCCCCGUCUUAUGAAGCGCUGUCGUAUGCCUGGGGCACCUGUGACGCAACAGAAUACAUUUAUCUUGGGAAUGAAAGACUCGAAAAGUUCAGCGUGUCACCGAGCCUGGCGCUAGCUCUUCGGAUGCUGAGGGGCACUGAGGCAGAAGUGACCAUGUGGAUCGAUGCGAUAUGCAUCAACCAAGCCAACAACGCCGAGAGGGCGGAGCAGGUUAAGCUCAUGGGGGAGAUCUACCGGAGCGCGGAGCGGGUAGUCGCCUUUCUCGGCGCGCAUGAGGAUGGAAGCCAGGAACUGUUUCAAUUUCUGAAAGACUGGAAGGGCGAGAUAGACAUCUCUCGUUUCGAUGAUGCUUGGCAAGCUGGGGCUGCUGAGCGCCCGCUCCUUUCUCGCAGCUACUGGCAGCGUGCUUGGAUUGUACAAGAAUUGGUGCUGGCCUCUCAUAAGUAUCUCCAGUGUGGCAAGGAUCGAAUUUCCUUCUCAGCAUUGGAAUCAUUCCAUGCCGGUAUGGUGUGCGAGCCGAUAGAAAGGACAAUCCCUAUAACACACCCCUCGCGCCACGUUGUUGAUGCCGGCUAUUCCAAUACGUGGCACUCGCGCUUCGACCAGCUUAUAUCGACAGAUCCAUCCAUAUCUAUAGACAGUUUCCUGAAUGGCUUUCUGGAAAGCCAGUGCAAGGAUCCGCGAGAUCACAUCUACGCAUUCUACAACUUGCUUCCUCGGGAAUUAAAACGCCAUAUCAACAUCAAUUACGAUACCGGGGCAGUUGAAGUCAUUUGCCAAGCGGUGCAGGCAAUGAUGACAGCGACUAGAAGCCUAAAGAUAAUCACGCUACGAUCAAGACAGACAUCGCCAGAACAAGAGUGGCAGGAUUCUCUUCCCUCGUGGUGUCCAUUUUUAGGCGUCCCGUAUAUGGAUCCCCCCAGGUCUUCUGGUGAUCUGCGAGUCGACAAUCCCACCUUUUCAUUCUCAAGAGACGGGAAAUUCCUCCACGUCAAGGGAAUCGUGCACGGCAAGAUUUGUGACAGACUCCCCCGCUUCCCUCCAGCGAACCGGCCAUUCGAGCCACUGAAGGCUAAGCAUGUGGCGAGGUUAUUCUAUGAGCGGAACUACGCUUACGAGUGCAUCCAGUUCAUGAAAGAAAGCGGCCUCUGCGGCGAUGUCGACUUGAACGAAAGAGUCCUGGGAAAAGCCUUGGACGCUCGCCCUGGGGAUAAUUUGAUCUCCUAUCUGGAAAGGACAAAGGGACGGCGACGGCCUCGAUUCAGUGGGUCCCAGAUUGCCCAAAUGAGUAACUUUUCACAGUCCUUCCAUGGAAUGCAGCUCUGCAUGUUCGUAGUAGAUGCCCCUUCAACGAGGCAUGAUGAGGAGGAGGUUACAAUCUGGGUAGACUUUGCUAUCGUUCCGCGUGCGGCGCGCAACGGCGAUAGGAUAUGCGCAAUCCAGGGCUGUGAGCAGCUCGUGGUCCUUCGCAAUGUCUGCCAGGGACGUCGAUUUUACAGGGUAAUUGGCGAAGCGAGAGUCUGUUCCAACACAGGGGAUCAGAUCAUUUCCCAGGCUCCUGUUUCUUCGCUCAAGACCUUCACCUUGAUAUGA